AUGAAGUCCGCCGCGGCUGCUACCGUCUUGGCAUUGGCCCUGCAGGGUGCCUCUGCUGCUGCUGCUCCCAAGCACCCCGAGUGUUGUACCGCACUGGCCAAAGAGCCUAGCCUCCAAGGGAAGGUCUUUGCCCCCAACAGUGCGGCGUAUGACGCUCGUCUCGCGUCUUACUACUCUGCCAACGCUGCGCAGGCCCCAUGGUGUAUGGUCAUGCCCACCAGCACCCAGGAGGUCUCCGACCUCGUGAAGAUCCUCUCCGCCAAACAGUGUCCCUUUGGCAUGCGGAGUGGUGCUCACUCGGCCUGGGCCGGGUCCAAUGGUAUCAAGGAUGGCGUCACUGUUGACUUCUCUAACAUGAACACGACCACCUACGAUGCCUCAACUCAGCUGGCCUCCAUCCAGCCUGGAUCCACCUGGGAGCUCGUCUUCAACACGCUCGAUCCGCACAACGUCACCGCUGUGGGUGGACGUGCGUCCGUCGUCGGUGUUGGAGGCUUCACUACUGGUGGUGGUUCCGUCUCCGUCCAGUACUCCUUCCACACCGGUCAGCGUGGCUUCGCUUGCGACAAUGUCGAGAAUUUUGAGGUUGUCCUCGCUGAUGGUAGCGUCGUGAAUGCCAACGCCCAAGAAAACUCUGACCUCUGGAAGUCCCUGAAGGGUGGAUCUGGUAACUUUGGCUUUGUUACUCGAAUUGACCAGCAGCAUCCAGGUACCUUCCCCUCCAACACUGUCUGGGGUGGUCUGCAGACCUACGAGUUCCCGGCCAAGAAGCAGGCCGUCUUUGAUGCCUACGACAACUUUGUCGUGAACAACAACGAUGAUGCCAGCCAAAACAUCAUCUCCUGCAUCUACAACAAGAAUGGCAUGUUCCUCGUGUCGGUCCUGAGCAACAGCGACUCGGACCCCCAGGCCGCCGCGUUCGAGGAGUGGCGAUCUGUCGUCCCCGCUAGCACCAGCGCCCGUGUUGACCGCAUUGCCAAGCUGGUACCCGACUUCACCGGACCUACUCCCCUGGGCCUCUUUGCCAACUGGAUGGUCGGCCAGACGGCUCACGACCGCCGCAUCAUGGACUUUGUCAACGAGAAGGAGGUCGAGUACGUUGAGAAGAUGAAGGCUGCUGCUCCUGGCGCCGACUUCGAGGUUCUCGUUCAGUUCCAGCCUGUGACCCAGGGCAUGGUCCAGAGGUCUCUUGAGCGCGGCGGCAACGUCCUUGGCCUCGAGUCCGUUGUGGCCGAUGGCCCGACCCUGAUGUGGAUGAUCGCUCUCACCGUCGACACCGCCGCGAACCAGGAGCACAUCCUCCCCCUGGCCCUUGAGUACCGUGACGCCAUCAACGCCUACGCUGAGGAGAUCGGUGUCCAGAAGAACUGGCAAUUCCUCAACUACGCCUUCAAGGAUCAAGAGCCCAUCUCCCUGUACGGUGCCGAGAACAUCAAGCUCCUGAAGGACACGAGCGCCAAGUACGACCCUGCUCAGAUCUUCCAGACGCUCCGCCAGACCGGCUUCAAGCUUCCUGCUUAA